CUCUCCUGGUAUAUUCUGGACCUUUCUUCUCAGCUGACGGUGACGUCACGGCAGAGCUGAUCAACCGUCCGGGAGAGAGAAGAGACAGAGAGGAGCCCGGUGUACCGGAACUACAGAGAGCUGCAAAUAGAGGAGACCCCGCUCAGAAGAGGAGUGUACUAUGGCUUGAGUCUGUAAUCCUGACCACCAGGAGGCGCCACAUUUACAUUCCAAACUUUGUUUACAAAACAGUUACCAAAAAAAGUUUCCGUUCUUUUGUCGGUAAUCUGCCUUUUGAUUGCUGUAAAGGUGACAGGAGGAAACUUCUCGGAACACACCAUCAUGGGGGAUUAUUAUGAGAUUCUCGGAGUGCCCAGGAAUGCCACCCAGGAUGACAUCAAACGGGCAUAUAGGAAGCUGGCACUAAAGUGGCACCCCGACAAAAAUCCUGACAAUAAAGAACUGGCUGAGAAGAAGUUUAAAGACAUCGCAGAAGCCUACGAAGUUCUGUCAGAUGCGGAAAAGCGAGAAACCUAUGAUCGAUAUGGGAAAGCAGGAUUCUCAGGACCUGAGCCCAGAUGCAGCUCAGGGUCCCACCUUCAUGGAUUUGCCUACACAUUCCGGAGCCCAGAGGAAGUAUUCCGGGAGUUCUUUGGUGGACGAGAUCCCUUCUCUGACUUCUUUGGGGAUGACUUUCUGUUUCCUGAAAUGCGUCACACUCACUCCUCACAAUUUUUUUCUGACUCUUUUCCCACUGCUAGAGUGUUCUCAUCUUUCUCGUCUUUUAGAAGUGAUGGGUUUGGGAUGGCCGGGAACGUUCGCUCUGUUUCCACCUCGACUAAAUUUGUUAAUGGCAAAAGAAUAACAACCAAACGGGUAGUAGAAAAUGGAGUGGAACGAGUGGAGGUGGAAGAGGAUGGCCAGCUGAAGUCCAUCCGGGUCAAUGGGGUAGAAGAUGAACUUGCCUUGGCCUUGGAGAUGAGCAAACGUGAUCACCAGACAAACAUGCAAACCCCCACCAGCCGUGUCAGGGGGUCACCAAACCACCUCCAGCGAUCUCAGAGCGCCGCCCCUGCUUACACGGUACUGGACAGCGAUGACGAAGAUGAGGAUCUGCAACUGGCCAUGGCCUACAGCCUCUCCGAGAUGGAGGCCACCGGGCAGCACCGAGCAGGUGUGUUCUGAGAUCGGAGUCACAUACACUUCUGUUACCGUCGCUGGCUGGGAUGGGUUUGCUGGGGGAGCACAGGCAAGCUUUCCCCCUCCCCCAACACAAUGCACCUUCCCUGCGAGCUGGUUUUGGCACUUGGGCUGUACCAUCUUGAAAGAUUCAGGGGGAAGCCUGUCCACUACACUGGAAUAAGACUUUAAAUGCGGAUGCUCUGGGGUGGGAUAAAGGGGCUGGACCCAAGGGACAUGUAUAUAUGGAUGUGGGACUGCGUGGCUGAGAGUGUCGUACAUAUUUACAUGAAAGAAAAGCUUGUGGAUUCUAAACAUAUCGCCUACUUAUUAGUGCUUUAAGAUGAACGAUGCUGAGGACUGUGAUUGUGGUAACAAUGGAUCUCCAUGGAUAGAAUUACAUUAAACUCUCUCAUCAGAAAAGAGGAACAUGCGCGUUCCAUGCAAGGACUUUACUCCAUUAAAACAGAAAACUUUUAAUAAAGGUCUCGCUGUGUCUCAA